GAAAACGCAGCAGUGCUCACGCAAGCCAGCGACCGGCACGGAGGCACGAUCAGAGAUAUCUCCAAUUCUUCUCAAAGAGUUCUUCAAUGCGAAACCCGGGGGUCUUUUCUGCCGGGCGCCCGCGAGAAAUUGUUUCCCCGACGUUAAAGUGACGCGACUUUUUUUUUCUCUCUUCCUUCGGAACGGAUCUUCUUUCCCCCCCAAACUCAAGACUUUUCAUUUUCCUUCUGAAAGUGCCCAUGAACCUCCGGCGUUUACACAUCCCUUACGUUCGGCGUUGCCUAGCGGGAAGUUUCAAGAACAACGCACUCUCCCAGCAGUAACUGAAGUGUACAAGUCUAAAACGUCUCGAAGCCUGCUCGGAAUUUCGACUGGAAAUAAAAAGUUUUUUUUUUGGAGCGUUGAGGAAACAUGUUCGCUGACGGCGGAUUUCCGUGUGAACUCAGGGACGUUCUGCUUUGCCCCCAAGGACUCAUCGUGGUUUAUUUCGUCGACGGGAAUGAGCUCAAGAACAAGUGACGUCGCGCUUUGAAAGUUUUUUUUUUUUUUGUUUUUUAGGAGAACACCGUUUGAAGUACACAUCAGAAUCAGCCAGGAACACCGCGGGGGUAAAGAUGGCGUGAAGCAGGAGCCAGUGCGCCCCCCUUCAGGAAAGAAAGGAAGGAAACCAUGAACUCGACGGACUUCAACCAGUCGCUGGAGGAGUACCUGCUGGCGGUGCGCGGGCCCAAGCACCUGCCCAACAGCAUCGUGGUGCCCAUCACCGUGGUGUACGUGCUGAUCUUCGUGACGGGCGUGUUCGGCAACGUGGCCGUGUGCCUGGUGAUCGUGCGCAACGCGUCCAUGCGCACCGCCACCAACUACUACCUGUUCAGCCUGUCCGUGUCCGACCUCACGCUGCUCAUCCUGGGGUUGCCGUACGACCUGGGUGUCUUCUGGCAGCAGUACCCUUGGUCGCUGGGGCUGGCCAUGUGCAAGAUUCGAGCCCUCGUUUCGGAAAUGUCGUCGUACACGUCGGUGCUGACCAUCGUGGCGUUCUCGAUGGAGCGCUACCUCGCCAUCUGCCACCCGCUGCACUCGUACGCCAUGUCGAACCUGGAGCGGGCCGUCAAGAUCAUCGCCUUCCUCUGGCUGCUGUCGCUCGUGUCGGCGACGCCGUUCGCCGUCUUCACCACCGUCUCGUACGUCGACUACCCGCCAGGUUCCGGCCAGGAGGUGCAGGAGUCCGCGUUCUGCGCCAUGCUGGAGCAGGACAUACCCGAGCACUGGCCCAUCUACGAGAUCAGCAGCUGCCUGUUCUUCCUGCUGCCCAUGUGCGUGAUCCUGGUGCUGUACGCGCUGAUGGGCGCGCGCAUCCGCGGCAGCAGCAAGGACCAGUCGCUGCGCAACCGCCUGUCGUCCGUGCACGGCGACCAGCGGUCCGCCGACUCCCGCACCAGGUCCAUCAUCCGCAUGCUGGCCGCGGUGGUGGUCGCCUUCUUCCUGUGCUGGGCCCCGUUCCACGCCCAGCGCCUCAUCUACCUGUACGGCAAGGACGCUCCAAACUACUCCGAGAUCAACGAGUGGAUGUACUACAUCACCGGCAUCCUCUACUACUUCUCGUCGACGGUCAACCCCAUCCUCUACAGCGUGAUGUCCGCGCGGUACCGCGUCGCGUUCCGCAAGACCAUCUGCCGGUGUCUCUCCCCGUCGUCGUCCAACCCUGCGGACGAUGAGACGACGUCGGUGUACCGCGCCCACCACCACCACAACAACAACAACAACUACAACAACAACGGUCUGCGGUACAACGGCUCGGUGCUGUCCCGCGGGCGGUCCGGGUACCGCGGCGGCGGCGGCAGCGUCGUCGUCGACGUGGGUUCGUCGUCCAGGUCUCGCGCCGCCCCGCGCCUGCCGGAGGAGACCUCCAAGCUCAUCGACCGCGGCGUCCCGACGCCUGGGGCGGACGACGCCAGGAGGUCCGUGUCCUUCGGCGAGCGGGCCUCGGACGUCGUCGUGGUCCUCGGAGGUCCGGCGUCCAACGGGAAGGCGAAGACCGUCGCCACCGCCGCCGGCAGCCACCCGUACAAGGAGGUGGAGGACGCCCUUCGCCAGACGAUGGCCUGCCACGACCUGGAGGAGAAGAACAACCGGGAGACGCACAUAUGAGCGCGCCUGCCCCCACACUGAAAUAAAUUAUUGUUUAUUUUACAAAGAAAAUCCUUGGAAACCCUGUUGCCAAGAUAUUACUUGUAAAACUACAAGGCAAAGCUUUGUACCAUGUGCGAUUUUGAAAGGCUCUGCCUUGUAGUUUUGCAAGAAAUAUGCUUGGCAACAGGGUUUCCAAGAAUUUCCCAUGUAAAAAAGUACAAAUUUUUUUUUAGAGUGCAGAGGGACUCUUGCGACGCGUCGGUUUAAAGGGGCAGUGUCCUUAAUUACCUUGAUUCCGUAAUUUUGCGUUUUGCUCAUUAUUGUAAAUAAAUUAAUAAUAUGACUAUAGUUGUUUAAAAAUAAUCUUGUAUAUGAAAUUAAUGUAUGCGAUUUGAGUUUAAACUUUGGGGCAUUCUCGAAAGUUUCGGUCAUACAAGCAUCGGAUUAUGUACGUAUAUAAAUUUCGCUAUAUCAUUGUUGAAAGUUUUAUUUGUAUGCAUGACCUUGUGAUUUUGCAUUUUUUUUCAUUCGAGGUGCGGUUGCGAGAUUUGCGUGGGUGUUUGUUCUGCGUGUAGACCACGGGUGCAUCACCUAGUGUUUUAUAAAUUUACUAAAUAUAUAUUUUUUUUGAAUGUUUUUUUAGAAACUUCAAGGUCAAUUUUUGUGUCAAAACCCUAGCUCUCUUAGAGAAUUUAAUCGUGUUGUAUACAGUUUUAAAUUAAUAGUUGGUGCAUUCCUAAAUGUUUCAGUACAUCAUUCAUAAAACUAUAAAAAUUUAAUUCCCAAAUCCCUUAAAAAUAUAUUAAAAAAUCCUCAGGUUUUUAGGAUUGUGGGAAAAUCAAUUUUUAUAAAUUUAGGAAUACUAUAACACAAAAUUAAUAAUUAUGUCGAAUCCCACAUGCCAAACGUUAAUUUAAAACUGUAAAAAAACACGAUCGCAUCCUUUUUUUUUUUUUUCAUGCGAAAGACGGCAUAAAAUUUGUAUUUAAGUUGCCAAAAGAAAAUCAUCAGUUAAAUACGGAUUAAAUUUAAAAACACUUUAUAAACAAUUUUGCUAUAUUUAUAUUAUACAUUUAUCCAAAAAUUUGAGCAAAAACACAAAAUUAUGGAAGCAAAAUAACUUUGGACACUAAACCCGUAAAUGGGGCGGGACCAGCGACUGAAGGGUUGUCAAGUGUUAAAUGUUUCCGUCGACAAACAGAACCUUGUGAUUCGCUCUCUUAACAUCAUUCCUUGUGUCACGAGCUUCUUCCUAGCCCCCGGUAUGACCAAUAAGAAAUCAACACAUUGUAGGUUCUGGUUAAAAACACUAAUUUAAUAAUUAAACCAUUUAUUUCGAGAUUUUAAACUAAUUCAUCACGUUCACGAUUGAACUUCCAAAACUCAUUUUCGUCACCGUGGUUCUUGAUGAAAAAUUUUUGUUGCAUACAUUUAAGCGACUUGUACCGCCUGUAAUUAAAAGUUUAAGGAUUAUCCAUUUUGGAUGCAUGAGUUUUAAUGGCAGUAUUUUGGUUUAUGUACUUUUCUUGUGAAUUAUUUUAAGAUUACAUUAUUAUUUUUUGUUACGUUAAUAGUUUACAACCAGCAAGGAGGCAGCAUGCUGUGACGUAGUUAGUUACUUUGUAACGUCGGCAUCGCUAUAUUUUCCCGUACAAAACUCUGAAAAUGGUGCGUGAUAACGUCUGAUUAAAUUUUAAUCUAUGUCGUGAAAAACAGUCACUUUUAUUUAAAAAAAUAAGUCAUUUGAAACUGUGUUCACCAUGAAAACACUGCGCUUAUACCAAUGUUUUCGGCGUCCAAACAAAUUAGCACAACAAUAAACUUAAGGGGAAAAAAAUACUGUUUCACACACACACACAAACACACACACACAUCAUGUAAUAAUGGAGACGUGGCUAUUCCCUGUGUAUAUAUUACUCAUUGUUUGCCAACUGUAAAUAGUCAAAUGUACUCGUGAUCAACUACGUCAAUAUUAGACCUAUUCUAGGCCGUGUUCCCCAAUUCUAAUUUCUGUUUCCGUGUUUUCAUGGUUGUAUAAAUCAUACUUAAGAGUUGGUGAUUAACUUUCGCACCAAUUUUUUCAUAAACAUUUGAAACCAGCUAAAAAAAAUAGUCAUCACUACAAGCGAGAACAAAAUUUUACCUGUUAGAGAUCUUAAGUUAAUCUUUUGUGACAAUUUUACGUAGUUCACCUUUAACUAAUAUUUAUGAAACAAUGUUAAAUUUUUACUAUCUAGCUAUCUAGAUUAGUUCCUUAAAAUCAAAAUUAUGUUCAAUAAUGCUGUGUUCGUUUAAAGUUGUAAUUUUCACUGACCAAAAUCCUUAUACUGAUAUACCUUGCGUUGUCUAGGCAUUUGACAUCGGCUGAUUUGGGCUUGUGUUACCUCUGAUGUCCAGCGUGAAAUAGCAAUGGCAUGUUUACACAUGAAAUCGAUUUAAAUCAAUCUUCCCCACUGAAAUAAUUAUUCAAAGAACGUACUUUUAUUAUUAUUUUUUUUUGUGGUCAAUGUUCUUACCCAGCACCUUUUUAGCGCCACGAAAAAAAAAAGCCUGGAAAACGUUUUUUGACCCUUGACGAACCUUCACUCGAUGAAUUUCAAAACAUUCCAAAAGAAACGGUACGGGAAUACUUAAUUUUUUUGACUUGCAGUCGUUGUUUCUGCAGUGUGCCCUACGUGGUUACAGACGCGAACUGAAACUCGCUAUCGAAGUGAGAACGCGCCGAAAUACGUGUGAUACGAGAAACUGCAGUCAGUCAAGACGAAGUGUGCCAACUGUGCGAUGGUAGUUAGUUGUCUCAUCAGCAACCCAAGAUUCAGUGUGUGAAGGAUAGAAGACGGACACGUACACAUUCCUUUACUGCGAGGCUAUUUUUUCCAUUACUUCAUACCUUUGAUUAUUCCCCGAAAUCAGUUCUUACUCGUUAAGUGCAAAGGAGAAACUCAACCCACACUUGCAUCACACCCUUUUGUGGACUAACAAAAUAAAAAUCAUACAGACUUGAGUGUUUAUUGUUUCAAUGGAUAAUUCUUAUGUAUGUAUUAUUUUAUGUUCCAUGUUUACUCACACAGUUCUAAGGCUUCAUUUAUUGUAUUCAGCACGACUUGCACAUUUAUUAACUUUCCAUGUAGCAACUAAUGCAUUUUUGAAGAAAUGUCUGCUUGCUGUCAUUUAUCCCAUUGUAACAGGCUGUACCAAGAAACUGUUGAAAGGUGAUAACUUUUAAGGUUUAUAAUUACUUGUUACAUUUCUUUCAAAGAGUCUACAGGAUACUAUUUUGUGAAUUGAUGUGUGCCUUAACACUUACAUACGUAUAUCUAGUCAUAAUAGAGCACUGAAUUAAAUAAUGCGAGAAAUGUAAUUUUUUUUUCCCUAUCCCAAAUAGAUGUGCUAGUUAGUACGUGUGGUAUUUCAACUUGGUUUACCUAUGAUAUUUAACUUCUGGGCGAAUAUAAGAGUACAGUGGAACCAUGUUUUUGCCGUUAAUAAACGCCAUUUUAUUAAAGUUGAAAAUAA